GCUGGGCGAUGUGACGAUGUCUGUGUGGCUGCAGAUCGCUGAAUCAUGCGCGGAAUCGCCUCCGCCACCACUGUGGUUACUCUUGAAGAGAGCUUCAUGAAUGUGACAAUGACCUCACAGAUAUGUCCUGUUGCAUCGUUUUGACUGCUGAUGCUAGAUGGCCUGCGUUGAAAAUCCGGGACUGGGCCAAUCAACAGCGGUGUAUUUCCAGUGCUGAAGAGGAGACCUAUCUGACUUGCUUGAAUCUGUUGCUUAUCUCGCACGGUCGCUCAUUUUCUUAUUCUCGUUUAUUCUAUUUCUUAGGCCUGUUUUUCGUGGCCGUAGUUGAGAUGCCAACUAUUCCUGUGCUGUCGCUAUGUAUAACCAUAUAUAUCCUCACGCACAAGGAGCACUAUAACAAAUCUCCCAAAAAGUAUUUGACCGUUCAACCCUACAAACAUAUUACUAUUUGACCGUCCCCCUCAUCCCAUUAAACCUUCUAUUAAUAUGUAAA